AUGACGAUUGAAGAAACUGGAUCAACAGUGUAUGAACAGAACGGGAAAACAAUUAUCAUCUAUGUUAUUAUGAUGAAACUGUUUUGCAUGAGCUUAUUCCUCACCUUUGCCUCUCGAAAUGUGAAAGGGAGAAAUGUUGCCCAAGACGCCGAAACUAUUCAGAGUUCAACAUUCAAAGGAAUAUACACAGCGGACCGAGCCGUGGAUGGGAACAAUGGGAAGAACUUCUUUCAGGACACGUGUACACACACCAGCUGCAAUGACUAUGACCCUCACUGGACUGUAUGUCUGGGAGUGAGGCACACCAUCAACUCUGUUACUAUCCACAACCCACAGGAAGCACGAGGUCGGCUGAGUAACAUCAAGAUUGAAGUGUUCGACACAGAUCCCAGAAAGCCCGGUGCGAUUGCACAACCCUGUGCAACUAUAGGUGCUAUACCCAUUGCUGAUGGAACUUCUGUGACUUUGCCCUGUCCAUUCAAUACUAGGGGUCAAUACAUCAGAAUCAGCAAGACUUUGACGCAACAGUUCAGAUGGUGGAACCAAAACAAAUGCGAUGCACUACUUCUGUGUGAAGUUGAAGUGGAUGGAAUUCCAUAUGUUGACUGCCCUCUGGGUUUUGAACGCUUUCAGGAUUCCUGCUAUCACGUCCACGAUAUGGAAGACGUUCAUUCUUGGUUUAAUGCACGGACUUCCUGUCAGUCCAUGGGAGCCGAUUUGGCCAUUAUUGAAAGUCAAGAGGAAAAUACGUUCUUAGCCAACAAAACAUUUGAUCUUGCUGGUAAUAAUGACUGGUCUUUUUACGUCGGACUACAGAAGCUGAAUGACCAAAGAACGUGGAUGUGGAUUGAUCCUAACGCAGUGAUGGGUGUCCCUUCAGGACCUCCUAAUGCACUACAUCCAUUCUCGGACUGGAAUGGUAAUUCUAAUAAUCCUGGUGACGACGUUACUGAUCAACACUGUAUGACCUUAGACCGACCCGACACAACACAAAUCUUCCGAUGGGAACAUGACGAAUGCAAUCAUAUGCACCGAUAUAUUUGUGAGAUUAGCCCGACGUUUCCGCAGCCCCCAUGCUGCGGGUGUUUCCAGUAGAUGUCAUUCAUAAACGACGUGCUUCCUAAGACGAUAUCGCAAAGUAUGGACGCUAAUUGAAAAAUAAAGUAAAACUGCAAAAUUAAA